AUGCUGGAGGGACCACACAUUAGUCUUUCUACGGAGGAACAGAAUGAGCUUGCCACCAAAAUUACUCGUUUUCUAUCACAUUACAAAUUCUUGUCGGAGUCGUACAUCAUUGAAUUCUUCACUGAGGAUUUAUGGCACAAGUUGCCUGUCAGCUGGCAAGCUGUUCUUCAGCAUUUGUCCUAUCCGCAGAUAGCAGAGCUGCUGCUGAAUGCUGAACAUGAACACAGGAGGUACCCUUGCGUUUGGCCGCUGUCCCUCUUGGCUUUCCGGGACACCGCUCACUCCUUGGCCUUUCCCAGAAGUUUCUCAAAGUCGCGAGCUGGCAACGGUAGUCGACCAGAGCCCAGAGAGUUUCAGGAGAACCAGAACCAGAGCUCACUGCUGACGCAUGCCUUCCGCAAACACGUCAAGCCCAAGAAGCAACAUGAGAUCCGCGAGCUGGGCACGCUUGUUAAACAACUUUGCGAACAGACCAAGUGCAAUCAAAUCGUGGAUGUCGGUUCAGGACAGGGUCACCUUACUCGCUACUUGUCAUUCGGGCUCGGCUUGUCGGUGACGGCCAUCGAGGCUGACCCUGCCCUGGUUGCCAUGGCGAACAGGUUUGACGGAGAGCUGCUGUGGGCUUUGGAGAAGGAGCGGCAGAAGAGACAGAAGUUUUCCUGUGAAGCACCAUCAUCCGAAGGAUGUCCUCGCCAUGUGACGGGUUGGGUGGACCCCAAAGCAUCAUGGGAAGUUUUCAUUCAGCAGUUAGGCGCAGACCAAGCUAAUGGUGACGAUCCGUUAACGCCCUGCAAUACGACAUCUCGGUGCCCUGAGCACCUCCGUCUGGAGGCGACGGCGCCCAACCCGGAUGCUCGGCGAGAUCUGGUCCUGACAGGACUGCACGCUUGCGGGGACCUCAGCCCCACCCUCCUCCGCCAUUUUAUCAAAUGUCCUCACAUCUGUGCCAUCACCUCUGUGGCAUGCUGUUACAUGAAGCUCACCACCAAAGAGCAGCCCGCCCCUCCAGGGGUGAUCGGACCUCCCGGUUCACCGCAAUCAGACCCCCAGUCCCUCUCGUGGGAUUUCGGGUACCCAAUGAGCGAACACGUGCGGGGACUGCCGGGGCACCAGCUGUCCUAUAAGGCGCGGGAGGCGGCGUGUCACGCCACGGAGGACUACAUGGCACGACUCCGUGAGGAGAGCACUUUGCUUAGGACGCACUGCUACCGCGCCGCUCUGGAGGUCUUCAUCACAGACACAAAGCCGGAUCUACGAAGGGCAGGAAUACAGACAGUGAAAAAAGCCCAUUUGUUGACCUUCAAUGAGUAUGCCCGUUUGGGUCUGGCCCGAGUUGGCCUACCCACAUCCCUGCCUCUUGACGCGAGGCGCUCGGAGGCCAUGUUGGCGCAGCAGGGCCGGGUGGUGGUCUUCUUCAGCCUAGCGCUAAUGCUAGCUCCGGUGGUAGAGACGCUGGUGUUGCUAGAUCGAGUCAUGUACCUGAGAGAGAACGGUGUGCGUGGUCAACUUUUUCCGCUUUUUGACCCCAACUUUUCCCCAAGGAAUUUUGUACUGGUUGCUCAGAAGUCAAACGGGUUGUAA